CGCCCACCAAGCGCGCAGGCGCGAGGGCUGCGGCUGGGUUCGGGGAAGUGCGCAUGCGUUCGGCGGACAAAAGACUGGUCGAUGGCCGGCAGGCGGGCAGGAUAGAAACAGCAAGGAAUUUGUGUACGGGAAUCUCAAAGACAACAACAUGCCUGUUCUGUGUCUGCCCAGAUAUUUGAGGAGUGACCAGAUAUUUUCCUUGCCCAAGAUGGAAGCAUGCUUUGUCUCAGAAAUGAAGUUUUCUGAUUUAAUUCAGUGAACUCCACUGGACUCCGUUUUACCUAUUGUCCACUCCCCUCUCCAAUCAGAUUACUUCUUCUCCAGCCCUUUGCCUUCCCACCCACCUAUCACAUUCUGGCAAGUUUUCCUUCCCCUCCCUCCAACUUUUUUCAUUCGGCCACCUUCCCCCUUCCUUUCCAGUCCUGAAGAAGGGUCUCGGCCAGAAACAUCGACUGUUUGUUCAACUCCAUGCAGUUUGCCUGACCUGCCGAGUCCCUCCAGCAUCUUGUGCGCGUGGCCUUGGAUCUCCACCCCCUGCAGAACCUGUUCUGGUCUUGUUACUAGAGGUCAGUUCAUCGACCGUUUGCGCGACGGAUUCUCAAUGUCUGACGCCUGACUUGAUGAAUUUCUAGAGAAUUGAUAAGCGGGCGAUACCAUUCCCCCGCUCUCAGCGUGAGAAUGGAUUCACUCGCUCAGCCCACCGACAGUGAGUUCACACUGGGUUACGGCCAUUCACCGUUUCUGUGCGUGGGAGGGGAUGUACUCAGUCACCAGCCGGAAGAUACAUCAGCGAGUUCAGAGCUUAGUGAGACAGUUCACCGUUUCCAUAUGUGGGAAGAGAUUCACUCACUCAGCCAGCUGCAGACACACCAGCAAGUUCAGAAGGAGCAGAGACUAUUCAUCUCUUCCGUGUCCGGGGAGGGAUUCACUGAUUCGUCCGACCUGAUGAGACACCAGCCAGUUUACUCCAAGGAGAGGCCGUUCAUCUGCUCCGACUGUGGCAAGUCGUAUAUUCGAUCAUCUGAACUGCGGAGACACCAACGAAUUCACACUGGGGAGAGGCCGUACAUCUGCUCUGAAUGUGGGAAGGGAUUCACCCGGUCUUCCUACCUGCAGACACACCGGUCAGUUCACACUGGGGAGAGGCCGUUCAUCUGCUCGGAAUGUGGGAAGUGUUUUACUCGAUCAUCGUAUCUACAGACACACCAGUUAGUUCACACUGGGGCACGACCAUUCAUCUGCUCGGACUGUGGGAAGACAUUCACUUACCCAUCUCACCUACUGACACACCAGCGAGUUCACACCGGGGAGAGGCCGUUCAUCUGUUCCGUGUGUGGGAAGAGCUUCACUCGGUCAUCGGAUCUGCUCACGCACAUGCGGUUUCACACAGGUGAGAGGCCGUACAUCUGCUCUGAGUGUGGGAAGGGAUUCACUCGGUCAUCUGAUCUGCUGACACACCAGCGAGUUCACACUGGGGAGAAGCCGUUCACCUGCUCAGGUUGCGGGAAGGGAUUCACUCAGUCAUCUCAACUGAAGGUACAUCAGCGAGUUCACUCCGGGGAGAGGCCAUUCGUCUGCCCAGAGUGUGGGAAGACAUUUACCCACCCAUCUCACCUGCAGAGACACCAGCGAGUUCACACUGGGGAGAGGCCAUUUAUCUGUUCCGUGUGUGAGAAGGGAUUCACUCGGUCGUCUGAUCUGUUGACACACCAGAGAGUUCACACCGGGGAGAGGCCGUAUAUCUGCACUGAAUGUGGGAAGGGAUUCACUCAGUUAUCCCACCUGCAGACACACCAGUCAGUCCACACCGGGGAGAGGCCGUUCACCUGCUCAGACUGUGGGAAGGGAUUUACUCAGUCAUCUCAACUGAAGGUACAUCAGCGAAUUCACACUGGGGAGAGGCCAUUCAUCUGCUCUGAAUGUGGGAAAGGAUUCACUCGAUCAUCUCACUUACAAACGCACCAGACUGUUCACACUGGGGAGACGCCAUUCAUCUGCUCAGAUUGUGGGAAGGGAUUCACUCAGUCCUCUCAACUGAAUGUACAUCAGCGAGUUCACACUGGGGAGAGGCCUUUUACCUGCACUGUAUGUGGGAAGGGAUUCACUCGGUCAUCCCACCUACAGACACAUCAGUCAGUUCACACUGGGGAGAGGCCAUUCAUCUGCUCUGAAUGUGGGAAGGGAUUCACUCGGUCAUCCCACCUACAGGCACAUCAGUCAGUUCACACUGGGGAGAGGCCGUUCAUCUGCUCUGAGUGUGGGAAGGGAUUCACUCGGUCAUCUGACCUUCUGGCACAUCAGUCAGUUCACACUGGGGAGAUGCCAUUCACCUGCUCGGACUGUGGGAAGGGAUUCAUUCAGUCAUCUCAACUGAAGGUACACCAGCGAAUUCACACUGGGGAGAGGCCAUUCACCUGCUCAGAUUGUGGGAAGGGAUUCACUCAAUUAUCCCACCUUAUGAAGCAUGGCCGAAUUCACACAAGGGAAAAGUUUAGUGAGAUGCAAGCUAAUAGUUAACCAUCGCAGUUGCCGAAUCCAGAGACAAGUUCAAAAGUGACUGUUGGCGUCAGAAUCUGCAAUGAUCGCUGCUGCUCAUCAGCCCCUGGUCACUGGGCCUGAGAGGAGUUCCUUCUGCUGUUCACCUCUAUUACAAUUGGAGUUUAAUAUCCUGUUUCUGUUACAAAUAAAUCAGUUCUAUUUUAA